UCGACACGCUCAUGGCUUUCGACAUGGAGAAGAACCGCGAGUUCUGCGAGCAGAUCAUCAACCAGCUGAAGGAGCAGGUCGAGUUCGGUGACUGGCACGAUCUCCAAGGCUCACCCGAAGGCGCUACCUUUACAGGCCGACGCCUCAAGCAGGAUAAGGAUUAUGUCAUCACGAUCGACAUGGACAACUACAUCGACGGGAUGACCGAUUACCGCAUGCCCCGCGAGAGGGCCAAGCAGGACAAGGAGCUACUCACAGCAGCCGAGCAUCGAGCACUACGUGGCAUGAACGGACAGGUUCAGUGGGUAGUGAGGCUGCUGCUCCACAAGUAUAGUUUCGAGGCAUCAAGGCUGGCAGGCCAGAUGACGAAGCCGACGGUGCAGGACAUGAAGGACAUGAGCAGUCUUGUACGCUCUACCCGGCGCGAGGGGGAGAUGCAGAUGAUAUUUCGUGGUGGUUUUGAUUUCGAGAAAUCGGUCGUCAUUGCAUCGCAUGACGCGUCAUUCGACAACAUGCCGAACCACAAGAGCCAGCGCAGGAAGCGGAAGCUGACCGACCCCUGGGACGAGAUUCAGCGUGCUCAGCGAGUCGAGUUGCAGGAGGACGCCGAUUACCUGAAUGCAAACUAUGCCAAGCCCAAGGACUACAGUGCAGAUGACGAUAUAUCGAGGAUCGAUGUGCACGAGAUGGUUUACCAGGCGGAA